UUGCUUCAAGGUCAAAGGACUCAUUAUCAUGAUAGACAAUACCUGUGGCUGGAGGCUCUACACAGAGACAUGUGCAUAUUCAGGCCAAGGAUUGCCAGUAUUAUAGGCAAGGAAUUUUGUUACACUUCCACCACCUCUGAAGCAAUGGGAAAAGACAGAAUUCUGUGAGCACACUUAGUUCAUAUCCCUGAACUCACACAGAAGCGAAACCACGAGGGAUGGAGUGCGGAAAGAGUUUCACUGAUUGUGGAACACUCAGAAAACACCAGAAAACUAAUACAGGAGGAAAACAGUUUGAAUGUAUGGUGUGUGAAAAAAAACUUCACUCGGAAUGAAAGCCUUGUCACACAUCAAUGAACUUACACAGGAGAGAAACCAUUUCAAUGUGUGGAGUGUGGAAAGCGCUUCAGUCGGAGUGGAAGCCUUAAUUUACAUCAACGGACUCACACAGGUGAGAAACCAUAUGAAUGUAUGCAGUGUGGAAAGAAUUUCAGUCGCAGUGAAGGCCUUAAUUUACAUCAACAAACUCACACAGGUGAGAAAACUUUUAAAUGUAUGGAGUGUGGAAAGAGCUUCAGUAGGCAUGGAAAUCUUAAUAUACACCAGCAAACUCACACAGGGAAGAAACCCUUUAAAUGCAUGGAAUGUGGAAAGAGUUUCCAUCACAGGGGAAACCUUAAUACACACCAAAAAACUCACACAGGGGAAAAACCCUUUAAAUGUAUGGAGUGUGGAAAGAGAUUUAGUCACAGUGGAAAUCUUAAUACACAUCAACGAACUCACACAGGGGAGAAACCAUAUAAAUGUAUAGAGUGUGGAAAGUUAUUCAGUGAGAGUGGAAGACUUCAUAUACAUCUACGAACUCACAGAGGGGAGAAACCAUAUACAUGUAUGGCAUGUGGAAUGAGCUUCAGUCGAAGAGAAAACCUUAAUUUACAUCAACGAACUCACACAAGGGAGAGACCAUAUAAAUGUAUGGAGUGUGGAAAGAGCUUCAGUCAGAUUGGAAACCUUAAUAAGCAUCAACAAAUUCACACCGGAGAGAGACCAUUUAAAUGUAUGGAAUGUGGGAAGAGCUUCACUGUAAGGAAAAACCUUAGAAAACAUGAGCAAACUCACAAAGAAGAGAGACCAUUUAAAUGUAUGGAGUGUGGAAAGAGCUUCCGUCUGAGCAGAAUGCUAGUAAUUCAUAAACAAACUCACACAGAGGAGAAACCUUUUAAAUGUGUGGAGUGUGGAAAGAGCUACAGUCAGAGUGGAAGCCUUAAGAAACAUCAACAAACUCACACAGGGAAUAAACCUUUUAAAUGUUUGGAGUGUGGAAAGAACUUCAGUCAGAGUUCACACCUUACUUUGCAUCGUCGGACUCACACGGGUGAGAAACCAUAUAAAUGUAUGGAGUGUGGAAAGAGCUUCAGUCAGAGUGGAAACUUUAAUAAACAUCUGCCAACCCAUACUGGGGAGAAACCAUUUAAAUGUAUGGACUGUGGAAAGCGCUUUUGUCGGAAUGAAAGCCUUACUUUACAUCUACGAACCCACUUGGGUGAGAAACCAUAUAAUUGUAUGCAGUGCGGAAAGAGCUUCAGUCAGAGCGGAAACCUUAAUAAACAUCUACAAACCCAUACUGGGGAGAAACCAUUUAAAUGUAUGGAGUGUGGAAAGAGCUUCAUUAAGAGUAGAAGCCUUAAAAACCAUCAACAAACCCACAGUGGAGAAACUGUUUAAACUGAAGGAGUGUGGAAAGUGCUUCAGCUGUAAUGGAGCACUUACAUUCAGUGGAAAAACCAUGUAUGGAGUGCAUAAAUUGUUUCUCUCAGAGUUCACUCCUUCAGAUCAGCAAAUUCAUAUGGGGGCAAUCAGUUGCAGAUGCUUCGGGCGUGUAUGAUGUUCUGGUUUUUGUAAAGUUGUAUAGACAUGUUUUUAAGGAGUGAACUCGCAGUAAUAAGUAUAAUUUAAGAUUCAUGUACUGUUAGAUAGGGAGGGGGAGAGCAAAUCUGUAAUGCUGGUGGUCGGGGUCAGCCGAAUUUUGAUCUAGAGAGCUAGAAAUGUCAGAUCACUUCCUGUUGAGAUUCAGACUUUCGGCACAUAGUCCAUCCUUGAAGGCUAUUUGAUUUAAUGGGCUUCCGAGGGGAUUUUCCAGUUGAUAUGACUGGUGCUACCAUCAAGUCAGUUUACAAGUCAGUUUUUAUUUACAAACUCUUUUGCCGAAACAUCUAGAUCCUUUUCACGUGUACUACAGGUAAUCAAGUGUCCCGCAACUUAAAUUUGUGCAGCUGGAUAUUCCUUCCUUGGUGUUGAACCUGAUGUUUGUCCCUCCUGAUAAACCUUUAGUUAAAUUUG